AUGACUGCCCUACGGCACUCCUUCCCCUCGAAACCCACUUUCAGUACAGACCAAAUUCCUGACCUCGCAGGUCAGAUAAUAAUCGUAACUGGAGCGAAUACCGGAAUUGGCAAGGAAACCGUUCGGAGACUCCUCGAACACAACGCCAAGGUCUACCUAGCAGCGCGGAACAAGGACAAAGCCGAAGCCGCCAUUAGGGACCUGAAAGAGCUGACUGGAAAAGAGGCAAUAUUUUUGGAGUUAGACUUGGCCAGCUUCGCCUCCGUUCGCAAGGCUGCCGCGGAAUUCCUCAGUAAAGAGAAGGAACUGCAUGUCCUCUUCAACAACGCGGGUGUCAACGGGUGUCCCAUGAGUUUCCUAACGGUCGAAGGGUACGACAUGCAGUUUGGAACCAACGUAAUUGGACAUUACCUAUUCACGAAGCUCCUAAUACCUGCUCUUGUCGCUGGGAAAGAAACUUCACCUGACCAUCAUACCCGCAUAAUCCACACGUCGUCAGGAGGGGCAUAUCUCUCUACGAUGGAUUUCGACACGUUCGUACCCGGGCCGGCAAGGUCAAAAUUAUCUCCGACCAAUCUCUACACCCAAAGUAAAUUUGCAAACGUAGUAGUAGCACGACAAUUUGCGAAGCGCUAUGCAGAUCAAGGUAUUGUCUCUAUGGCCGUUGAUCCAGGUAGCAUCCGGACAGACAUGCAGCGCUAUCAUUCGUCAUUCUCUCAGAAGAUCGGCGAUUUCAUUUUUGCGCCCGUCUGGCUAGGUGCCCUCACCCAGCUAUACGCAGGUACAAUGCCAGUGGCGGUGAGCCACAACGGCAAGUUCUUGAUUCCGUAUGCGCGAGUCGGCAUCUGCAGAAAGGAGGCAUACGACGAUGCCCUCGGUGAACGCCUGUGGAAUUGGCUUGAAGAACAGGUCACCGCUAAGUAG